AAAUUAAUGUAUGUAUGUAUGUAUGAUGUCGGUGAUGAGGGCACUUCCUGACUAUGACAUCACAUCCCGUGUGGACAGGAAACUCUGACGGGGUUCAAGUGGAUGGGCAACAGAGCCAGAGAGCUGCUGGACCAGAACAAGAUGGUACUGUUCGCCUUCGAGGAGGCUAUAGGGUACAUGUGUGGUUCUGCUGUGCUGGAUAAAGAUGGAGUCAGCGCUGCAGCCAUCGCAGGGGAAAUGACAUCAUACCUGGCCGCGAAGAACACCACGCUGUCACAACAACUCACUGCUAUCUACGAGGAGUAUGGGUACCACAUCACUAAGAACUCUUACUUCAUCUGUCACGACCAGGAAGUGAUCCGGGCCAUGUUUGACCGGCUGCGUCACUACGGUAACCAGGAGGAAGUGUCGUACCCCAGGCAGUGUGGAGGCGUCGCCAUCACCGCUGUACGAGACCUCACUACUGGAUAUGACAGCAACCAGGCAGACAACAAGGCUGUCCUCCCCUCCUCCCCCAGUAGUCAGAUGAUAACCUUUAACCUCUCCCCCAGGUCCUCCCCUCCUCCCCCAGUAGUCAGAUGA